CCCGGCAGUUGGCUCAUAGUUGUUGCGUCACAGUUGCUAGCUUAAAAAACUUCAUUUUUCGUAGCUUGCUAAUUCCGUAACAUCCAUAAUUUCUUUGAAACGUUGGCGAAGUAUAGAUUGUCUAGAUGUGGUGAAUAAAAUGAAUUAAUCCUGUAUUAAGUUAUUGAGUUGUAAACCAAUUAGUCAUUUUAUCAAUCGCAAUGGAUAAAACAGAAGUUACCAACAAAAGCCGAAACACUGUUAAUACAGAUCUGAGUUUGCUGCUUGAGUGUCUGAAGUGUCAGAUGAAAUGUCCUGAUCUGCAGAAACAAGCUCUCCUUGCUAUUCACUCAAUCUGUGAAAACAAAGAGGACAAUGUUGACAUUCUGAGACAGAUGGGAGGUGUGUCUUUUGUGUAUAACCUUUCCAAAUCCAGUAUUGUUCAUCCAGAUGUGAAGGAGACAGCACUCUUUACUCUCUGCACCCUAGCAGAGGCCAAUGUGUAUUGUAAGAAUUCCCUGUGCAAAAAAGAGACAUUUUCCGACCUUGCGCACUGGUUGAUGAAAGAAGAUAUCCCGCUGACACAGAAGAGAGUGUCUGUCUAUCUGCUGUCUGUGUUGGUGGCCAACAACAAAUCAGGACAGACUUUAGCCCAAAUUACUGGAUGCUUGGACAUUCUUUUGCAUCUGUUCAGGACCACCUCCCCCCUCUCCACAGAAGCUACUUUUAUAGCAGUGAAUGCUACCCAAAUCUACCAACUUUGGGCAUCUGUGUGUAGUGCUCUCUGUGGAUGUGUCAAUAAUCCCCAGAACGAGGAGGGUCAACGUAUUUGUGUGGUAGCUUUCCCCACAGUAAAAAUCUGGCUUCAGCAGAUUGCUAUGUCAAGAACUGAGAUCUUCCAAUCUAUAUGUUCCUUCAUAGCAAUGACAGUUGCCAGCAACUCCCAUGUUCAAGAGAGUUUUUCUGCCUCAGGGGGACUGGACAGCCUCACUUUUGCACUUGUUCGUCUGGCCUCUACAGCAGAUACAAGCAUGUUGUCUUGCCAACUUUCAGUCACUUUAUCCAAGACCCUGUCAGCUUGCAUCACAGAUAACUCUUCUCUUGCUGGGGGUCUGGCUCAGUACGGUUUGAUUUCUCAGCUUUUUUUCCUGCUGGCUAGCCCACACCUGGAUCCUGAGGAAAGACUUCCUGUGUUGCUCACUCUGGGCCACUGCACUGUGGCCUCUGAGGAGCACCAGUCCCAGUUGGUGCAGUGCGGAGGCCUGCCCCUCAUCAUAACCUUACUCACUGAGGAUAAAAGUGAGGAGGUUAGAAAGGCUGCAACGUUCAUAUUGCAAACCUGCAAACAGGCCACAAUGUCCUUGGAACAUCCUGGACUGAUAUUGAAACAGGGGAAGGGUGAAAAUAUAGAGCCCAUCGCAAACAUGGCCGGCUUCAGGAGCUCCGCCAGAGAGUUGCUGCGCAGGAUCGACCUGUUAGAAAAGAGACAGGCAAAGGCUAAGGAUAAGCAGGAGGACAUAUGCCCAUCAAAUUCAACUGAAGGGCUACACCAACUGUCUAAACCUCCAGCCUCACCUCUGCCUCUGCAGCAGAGGGAGAGCAGUAAAACCAUCCUUGCAGCCUUUAAACAAACCAGCAUGCAUAAGCAUUUAGAAGCAAGAGGUGAAAACAACAUUGAGGUUCAUGCUGCCAGGAACAUUAUCAAGAAUGACAGCCAACUGAGGAACAUGAGCUCCAAUCUAAGUAUGCAGGAAGAGAGUGCUCAAACCACUGGAGAGAAUGUUUACUGUCCUAUUUGCAAGGGUACUGUAGAUCUAAUGGAUUCCCAUCUGCCAUCACUAGAGGGAGACAGAGCACAUCAAACAUCAGCAAAUGAAGGCUUUAAGCUCCCAGCACCAGUGAAGCAGAGCAUGCAAAAGGAGAUGCUGAGGGAAAAAUAUGAUGAAGAAGUGUUACAGGACCACAACAUGAGUAAUGAAGGGAAAGCCCCAAGGGAGAGAGAUUCGAUCGCUCAGACUCGGUGUGCAGGAUGUGUGCUGCCUUUUGAGGAGGUGACCAGUCGCACUUUUUCAUCCCUCCAAAGCUCCAGCCGAUACAGCUGUGACAUGCACAAGGUUCUCCAGGAGGCCACACAGCAGUUUAGGACUGCUCACUGCAGCCUUCUGUGCCAGAGAGAGCCCCCAAAACAACACCUGACACCUGACGACUCUGAAAGAGCUUCAGCAGCAGAGCCUCAGAGAAACUGGAGUGAGGUUAUCCUGACUCCCAUACAUAAAGCAGCAGGGAAAGGAAAGAGCUUCCUGCAAGAUAACAACUGGAAGAAGCACAAUGGCAUCACUUUGACUCCUCUCUUCAGAGGAGAAACAAGAGGGAAAUCAACCUCUCACAACAAGACAGGUCCAGGCUUGACUCCCCUGAGAAGGUCUUGUCUUGUCGAAGAUGCAGAGAGAAGAGAGGAAAACAACAGUGGACUACGUGCUCUUGAUGAUGAGAUGAAGACUCACACAGAUCACAAUUCCACUAGGAGAAAGAGGAGAGACUUCAGCCAUACAGAGGUGCAUUACCUGCUGUGUGGAGUGAAGAAUUUGGGCUCGUCCUGGAACACCAUCCUGUGGUCGUACCCCUUCCAGCCUGGACGCACCAAUGUUGACCUGGCUAAGAAAUACAGGCAGCUAAUGGUAACAAGAGAUACUCUCCACUAAAAAGCUAAGGCAGCAGGGGCUGGCUGUGAAUAUUCCUUGUCCUGAGUUCCUGAAACAGCCCCAUUACAAUGGCUCUAUAAAAUGGUUUUGAUUUCUCUAAAACACCUUUACUUUUUCCAGUUGAACACUUAAUUUAUUAGAUAAAAUCCAAACAGACAUAAACGUAAUGUAUUCAUAUUUAUUGUAUUUAUUUAUUGUGCUCAUUGAUGUUGGUUUGCAGUGUUUUUCUCCUUGAAAUAGUUAUUGCUGCACUUUUGCAUCGGCAGAUACUAUUAAAUGUUUCUUUUUGUUGUUUAAAACAUUAAAGCAGUUUAUUUCAGCGUCUUCUAUGUCAAAUACUUUUUCUCAUUUGAAAAAUGUGACUCAGGAUAUUGCUUUAUGUUCAGAAUGCUAAGUGUCACUUUCAGACACGAUCAGAAACAACUAUGACUUUCUCCCAUGAUGAACUUUGCUAGAUUCAUGUGAAUUAGAUGUAAAAUCUUUGUUCAAGGGACAUUUUGAGAUCUUGUUUUGUUGUUGCACUGCUAAUGAUGAAUCACUGCACUGUGUUGUCACAUGUACAGUAAGUCUGCCAGACUGGAUUGCAACAGCACCAUGUGUUCGUGGCAAUAAAAUGUCCCAGCCUUUAAA